GGACUGAGUCUAGCUUCGGGGGUAAAUGGCAUGACGCUGGGUUCCGUUGCCCCGCUCUUAUCGGCUCUAGCCACAUGUACAGGCACUGCGGGGGUGUCCGAUAUCUCGAUAUGCACCACCAUGAAGCUCCAUCGUGAGACCUUUCACGACCUUGGAAUCUCCAAGGACUGGUCACCCCUUAUUUUUAUCUUGCACCAUAGAAUCUCGCAGCUAUAAUGCAGCUCGUGCCUAAGGAGCUCGACAAGCUCGUGAUCUCACAGCUUGGCCUGCUCGCCCAACGUCGUCUCGCUCGAGGUGUCAAACUGAACCAUGCGGAGGCUACUGCCCUAAUUGCGAGCAAUCUUCAAGAGCUCGUUCGUGAUGGCAACCACACUGUCGCAGAUCUCAUGUCCAUCGGCAAAACCAUGCUAGGUCGUCGUCAUGUCCUUCCGUCCGUCGUCUCGACUCUCUCUGAACUCAUGAUUGAGGGGACUUUCCCUUCUGGAACCUAUCUGGUCACUGUCCACCACCCGAUCAGUACUGAUGACGGGGACCUUGAGAAAGCUCUUUACGGUUCUUUCUUGCCCAUCCCAUCUCAAGACAAGUUCCUACUCCCCGAGACUAGUGUAUACGAAAGCACCAAACAGCCUGGAGCGGUUAUCGCUGUUAAAGGGGAAGCCGGAACGAUCAAGUUGAAUGAAGGGCGAAAGAGAAUUCAACUUAAAGUCGUCAGCAAGGGAGACAGGCCCAUACAAGUCGGCUCUCAUUAUCACUUUAUUGAAACGAACCCCCAACUUCAGUUCGAUCGUGUGCAAGCACAUGGUUACCGUCUUGACAUUCCCGCAGGCACCUCGGUUCGGUUCGAGCCAGGUGAUACGAAGACCGUUACGCUUGUUCAAAUCGCUGGUAAUCAAAUCAUCAAAGGAGGAAACGCCCUAGCUACCGGAUUCAUCCAGAACGCUUCAAUUGCCGAGAGCAUUAUCGAGAAGAUUCAAGCAGGAGGCUUCCUUCACGAGCCCGAGCCACUUGGUGAUGCAGCACAUAUCGACAUCUGUACUAUGGAAAGACAAGCUUAUAUCAGCAUGUUUGGCCCUACGACUGGUGAUGUAGUCAGACUGGGUGCCACUGAUCUCUGGAUCAAAGUGGAGAAAGAUCUAACGAAAUACGGCGACGAGUGCUCUUUCGGUGGUGGAAAGACGCUGAGGGAGGGCAUGGGCCAAGCAGGUGGAAGAUCUGAUAAAAAGAGCCUAGACACAGUCAUCACAAAUGCCCUCAUUGUCGAUUGGUCCGGGAUAUACAAGGCAGAUAUUGGCAUCAAAGACGGCAUCAUCGUGGGAAUUGGUAAAGCUGGCAACCCUGAUGUUAUGGAUGGAGUGGAUCCUAAUCUAGUCGUGGGUUCCUGCACUGACGUGAUUGCUGGAGAGCACGAUAUUGUAACUGCGGGAGGCUUUGAUUCUCACAUUCACUUUAUCUGUCCUCAGCAGGCCAAUGAGGCUAUUGCUUCUGGUAUCACUACUAUGCUGGGUGGUGGGACUGGACCAAGUACCGGCACGAACGCUACAACUUGUACGCCAGGUGCAACUCACAUACGCCAAAUGCUUCAAGCCAUCGAUAGCAUCCCACUCAACUUCGGAAUUACAGGCAAAGGCAACGACAGUGAUGCUGGCCCGCUAAGAGAACAAGCCCAAGCUGGUGUCUGCGGCCUCAAGCUACACGAGGAUUGGGGAACCACCCCGGCCGCUAUCGAUACCUGCCUCAGCGUCUGCGACGAGUAUGACAUUCAAACUCUUAUCCACACCGACACGCUUAAUGAAUCUGGCUUUGUGGAGCAAACCAUCGCAGCCAUCAAAGGUCGCACGAUCCACACCUAUCACACCGAGGGUGCAGGCGGUGGCCAUGCCCCUGAUAUCAUUAGCGUCGUGGAGCACGACAAUGUCCUCCCGUCUAGUACCAAUCCUACACGCCCAUACACGCGAAACACACUUGACGAGCAUCUUGACAUGCUGAUGGUGUGCCAUCACCUGUCGCGCAAUAUCCCCGAGGAUGUUGCCUUCGCCGAAUCACGAAUUCGCGCUGAGACCAUCGCUGCGGAAGACGUCCUGCAUGAUCUCGGCGCCAUUAGCAUGAUGUCUUCUGACAGCCAGGCAAUGGGGCGCUGUGGUGAAGUGAUUCUACGAACUUGGAACACAGCGCACAAGAAUAAGGUCCAGAGGGGCUAUCUCAAGGAAGACGAGGGGACGGGCGCGGAUAACUUCCGCGUAAAGAGGUAUAUCAGCAAGUACACCAUCAACCCGUCCAUCACGCAGGGUAUGGGCCAUUUGAUCGGGAGCGUAGAGAUAGGGAAGUUGGCAGACUUAGUGGUGUGGAAGCCGGCGAACUUUGGAGUCAAGCCUAAGUGGAUUAUCAAGAGCGGGAUGAUUGCGUAUGCCAUGAUGGGCGAUCCAAACGCUUCGAUUCCAACGGUCGAGCCUGUCAUUAUGAGACCUAUGUUUGCGACUAUGGUGCCGCCUACAAGCAUCACAUUUGUCUCACAGGCGUCGGUUGACUCUGGAGUCGUUAAGUCAUACGGACUGAAGAAGCGCAUUGAGGCGGUCAAGAACUGCAGGACCAUUGGAAAGAAGGACAUGAAAUAUAACGACGUGAGGCCGAAGAUGAAAGUAGACCCAGAGAGAUAUACCGUGGAAGCAGAUGGUAUGGUGUGCACGGCUGAGCCGGCGACUGAACUGCCUUUGACGCAGGCGUAUUUCGUUUAUUGAGGAGAUAUAGUGGGAGAUAGAGAGAGGGUAGUAGCAGGGAAACGGAGGCGAAGACUUGG